UGGUGGUUUGGAUCCGUUCCCCGACACCGUCCUAGCUGCCCGCCGGCCGAUCCGCGGUUCCUCAUCCUCGAUCCCAAACACUUCUUCAAACCCUAACAUCCGCUCCUGAAUCGCAGGAAAAAUCGAUUCCUUUGGCCGGAUUUCGUUGGAGUCUGAUGGUAUAAAGAGCAUGGAAAGGGAAGCAAAAAAGGAAGCUUUCAGGAAGUAUCUGGAAUCAAGCGGGGUGCUUGAUGCUCUCACUAAAGUUCUUGUUGCACUGUAUGAAGAAAAUGACAAGCCUUCAUCUGCCUUAGAGUUCGUCCAACAAAAGUUGGGUGGCCCAUCAAUUUCUGAAUAUGAAAAGCUACAAGCUGAAAAGUCAGAUUUGCAAUUGAAAUAUGAUGAGCUCUUAGCAGCUCACAGAGAAACAUGCAGACAGCUCGUGGAUCUACGAAACUUGAAGUUGACAACAUCGUCAAAGGAGAACACAGAUGGAGAUAAAUUGAAAAAUUGACUAUGAACCUCCAGAGAUGAUUUAUUUGUGAGUUUGAACAACAGAUCACAGAAAAAUAGAGAAACUGAUUUCUUAGCAGAAGUACUGAUAUUGAAUACUGUUCAUCACUGAUCUACCACGGAUGGAUUCUCAGAUUUGAUCUCUUCCCUGUUAAUUGUUCUUUAAUUUUACAAGGAAUGGAAAUGGACACCUUUUAUUUGCUAACUGGUUAAUUUAUCUGUGUCUUUAUUUAGGGUUCUUGCAUAUAGAACCUCCUGUCUCUCAUGUCGAUAAGAAAUGUGGCCUUAAAGGUUACUACUACUGCUUAUGAUGUACCAAUAAUUUAACUAUUGUGUUAUCAGUCUUUUUGGCCAAUGGACCAAAAAUUGGAUUA